AUGGUAGAGAGGAAUAAGAUAUUUCUUUAUGAUUUUAUGCUCAUUGUCAGUAGAACAUCUGUAUAUGGUUUCGUUGCGUUCUUUGACUUGAUUAAUGUAACAUUGCGACACAUAGCUCAAUGUCCACCCCAUGUGUUAAUAAAUAUAGUACACGCGUGGCAGAGCUGCUAUCCUGUGAGGAUGCAAUCGAUAAACUUUAUCAACGCACCGACAAUUGUCGAUGGUAUUGUCAGGAUUAUGAAAUCUUUCAUGACAGAGAAGAUAAAGAACAGAUUUCACGUUUACUCACACAUGUCGCUCAGCUGUUUUAAGGAUGUUCCAGCAGAUAUCUUGCCAAUUGAGUAUGGCGGCACUGAUGACACAAUUCAGGAAUUAACUGAUUAUUGGAUGAAAUUGGUCGAAAAGAAUCGCGACUGGAUUAUGAGUAAUGAGAAUAACGAGAUCGAAUACACUACAUACCUAUAAUGUUUUGGAGCAAUGGAUUAAAAAUCGGUAACAAAUAUUUGCUUUUAAGACAUUGUUAAAUGUAUUUAUUAUAAUAUUACCGUAAUAUAAGUCGAAUUUUGUUUGUUUUAUGAGUUUUGGAGGGAAAUAAUCAGGGAAUGGAAAGUUACUUUCUAAAUGUAGUUACUUUCUAAAAGUAACUAAUUAUCAUUAAUUGUUACUCAAUACGAAAAAAUCUUUCCCACACGAAAAGAUUGAUCCGUACUAUCCUAGUUAUGUGCUUA